AUGAACCUAAAAUUUACUGACAUCUAUGACAGCAACGCAAACGAAUUGAAAGACAUUAUUGAUAAAAAAGAGUUCACAAGCAAAAUCCAAAGUGUUGAACACGCUAUUGAACUACUAAAAUUUUCAUCAAAUUUUUCUUGCGAGACUGCUUUAAAUUUAAUCAAGCAACUUCAAAAGAAAUUCAAAAACGAGCAAAUUGCCAGUAUUUUAUGCAACAUUAAUAUUAAUUUCAAGAAUUUUGAAGAUCUUUUUAAUUACUUGUACAAAACAGCAGAAAUAUUGCAAAUAAAAUUUUUAGAAUCUAUUGUGAAUUGUUUGUUGGUUGAUUCUGAUACUAAAAAAUUGGCUGAACAUAUAUUCGAAAAACUUGUUGGCGUCGAAAAUUUAAACUCUGAUGAUGCAACUAAAACAUCAAAUCAACCAGAAAAACAACCAACAAACUCUGAUGAUGCAACUAAAACAUCAAAUCAACCAGAACAACAACCAACAAACUCUGAUAAUAGUAUACGAGCACGGAACAAGAACCAUAUAAUUAAACAAUACAAUGCAGAAGAAAUACGUAAAAUUUUUAUGGCGAAUAAGAAUAAUUACACAAUAAGUCCUGAUAACAAAGCAUCGAAAUUUAUCAAUAUUAUCAAAAACAAUCAAAUAGCAGCCGGAGAAUUUUUUUAUAAAUAUCUAAAUCAAGAUGAGAUUAAAAAAGAAGUCGAAUCAUAUAAAACAAUUGAACAUUUUGAUAUUGAUUAUUAUAUUAAAUCAUAUUUAUCAACAAUCAACGAUGAUACUCAAUCAACAAGUUCUUAUGUUGCUAGAUCAUCUAAUCGAUUGAAUGAUACUCAAUCAACAAGUUCUUAUGUUGCUAGAUCAUCUAAUCGAUUGAAUGAUACUCAAUCAACAAGUUCUUACGGUGCUAGAUCAUCUAAUCGAUACGGUGAUACUCAAUCAACAAGUUCUUAUGUUGCUAGAUCAUCUAAUCGAUUGAAUGAUACUCAAUCAACAAGUUCUUAUGUUGCUAGAUCAUCUAAUCGAUUGAAUGAUACUCAAUCAACAAGUUCUUACGGUGCUAGAUCAUCUAAUCGAUACGGUGAUACUCAAUCAACAAGUUCUUAUGUUGCUAGAUCAUCUAAUCGAUUGAAUGAUACUCAAUCAACAAGUUCUUAUGUUGCUAGAUCAUCUAAUCGAUUGAAUGAUACUCAAUCAACAAGUUCUUAUGUUGCUAGAUCAUCUAAUCGAUUGAAUGAUACUCAAUCAACAAGUUCUUACGGUGCUAGAUCAUCUAAUCGAUUGAAUGAUACUCAAUCAACAAGUUCUUAUGUUGCUAGAUCAUCUAAUCGAUUGAAUGAUACUCAAUCAACAAGUUCUUGUGAUAAUGACCACAGAAGAUCACAGAGUAAACCUCCGUAUAAUGUGCAAACAAUGAUUACUGGAGGUUCCCAAGCCGGAGAUAAACGCAAAGAUCGCAAAUUACUAAAUGAUGUAAAAGAACCAUCCUCAGUAACCCCAUCAGCAUCCAAUAAAUUCGAAAAUGAAAUGAGUAACUUUCAACGCAAUGCUAAGAGGAAAUAG